AUGGCUCCAGCCUUUUCCAGAGUCGUUUCGAGGUGGAGCAGAGGGCAGCUGCCCCGUGCUUUGCUCAUUUUGCCAGGUCACUUGCGAGGCUGUGCAGGAUCGCAGCGAGUGCAUCUCGUGACCAGCGAGGCCCAGGGGAGGGAGGCCUGCGCUGCCUUGACCCAGGGCAUCCAAGUGGAUCAAGAGAGCGAGGACGGCGAGGAGGCUGAGUUAAAGGCGGUCUUGAAUCCUCUUAGUCCUACUGUGGCUUUGGAUUGCGAGGGAGUCCGAUUGGGACGCUUUGGCCGCAUCAGCCUUCUGCAGCUGCAGGGUUCCGAAGGUCAAGUCAUUCUCGGUGAUGCCUUGCGGACGGGUGUGGUGAAAGCCUUUGCGCCACUUCUCGAGAGCAGGCAGAUCGUCAAGGUAAUCCACGACUGUCGCGAAGACAGUGCAGCUCUCUUCCACCAGCAUGGCAUUCACUUGCGAGCGGUCUUUGACACACAGGCCUCGCAUGCUGUCCUUGAGAAGAGGGCGGGCCGCGAGGCUUACCAGGCCUCAGCAUCGGAGCUUCUGAAGCAAUACUUGCACAUCGAGCCGGAGCAGACGGAACUAAAGUCGGCUAUGCUCCAGGAUCCAGGCCUCUGGGCGCGGCGUCCCCUUUCCAAGGGCCUCGUACGGUAUGCGCUCCAUUCUGUCAGCCAUCUGCACCAGCUCCACCAAAGCCUCGUGGCAGCUGGUAAAGAGAGCUCCAGCACAGCCCUGGAGGAGUUUGCUCGAGCUUCGAAGCGUGCGGCUGAAUAUCGUGUCCUGAACUCCAACUUUCCUACGGCCCAAAGUAUGGCCAAGAUUGGGACUCGGCUUUGGGCGCUAGUCGCGUCGCGGACAGCCGACAAGCUGCUCCUGAAGCUGAAUGCCGGGCGCGUCGGUAUGGUCUCCACUCCUGGAGCUCUCAGGCGAUUUAAGGAAGUUCAACUGGGGGAUUUGGUUCUUUGCUGCGUGAGCGGCGUGAGUCUCGACGGCAGGUACAUCUACCUGGACCGCUACGAUCACGAUUGGGAUUUCUUCGAUCAUCAGCUGCGGCCAGCCCAAGAGCCCGAGGUGGGUGCGUACGGUCGCGAACACCGCUUCCGCAGUGGCCUUGGACGGCCUGCUUAUUGA